UAUAUUAAACCAUAUUUGCCUAUAGAUGUAGUUUAAAAAUCUAGUUCUUAAUGAUGAUAAAUAAAUAUACGCUUUUUUGUUGCCUAAUUUCGCUUAAAACGAGUUUUUGUUCGGUAAUAGUUUAGUGUCAAUAAUUGUAAUUUGAUUGCUAAAUUAGUUUUUCUUUUUCACAGUUUAUGCGAUUUUGUGAUAAACUGAUUAUGGCAUACAAUGAUAGGGGGAAUUACGGGCAAAGUUAUGGUGGCAGAGGAGGGUACAGAUCUAGAGGCAACCAACGACAACAAACAGAAUUACCAAGCGAACCCCCGUUCACAUGUUUUGUGGGAAACCUUCCAACACAAACAGUGCAAGGAGACAUCGAUCUCAUUUUCAAAGAUUUAAGCAUAAAGAAUGUCCGCAUGGUGAGAGACAGAGAAACAGACAAGUUUCGAGGUUACUGUUACGUUGAAUUUGAGCAUUUGGAAUCCCUGAAAGAAGCAUUAGAAUUUAACGGAGCUCAAUUUGAAGAUCAGUGUCUUCGUGUGAAUGUAGCGGAGCAGAAGAGAGGAGGAGGAAGGGGGGGAGGAAGAGGAGGGAGAGGAGGACAUGGGGGUGGGGGAAGAGGGCAAAGAAACCAAGAUUUUGAACAAUACCGCGGCGGUGGUGGUGGUGGCGGGGGUUACAACCGGGGACGUGGGGGUCGGGGGUACAAUAAUGGAAACCAAGAAUCGUACGGAAGGUACGACCGUGGGGGAAGCUACGGCAACGAACGAAACUUUGGUGGCUCAGAUUACAACAGUGGUUAUAACAGAGGGGGUCGAGACCGAGACCAUGGAAGGGAUCGGUACCAAAACUGGGAGGCUGAACAAAAAGAUCAACCUACCACUGCAGACACAAGUAAUCGCCCUCGUCUGAAGCUCCAGAAACGUACAGUGGACAAACCAGUAAAUGCCGUAGCGAAUCCAAAUUCCGCAAUUUUCGGCGGGGCUCGACCACGGGAACAAAUUAUAGCUGAAAAAGGUUUGGACGACUUGGAUAAACAAGUUGAAGAGAAGCUGAAUAUUAGGGAACGCAAAGUUGAGGAAUUAUCGGCAGAAUAAGGGGAAAUAACAGCCAGAGACAAAUGAUAAAAGAACUUGUUUUCCGAACACAAUUUAUCAUGUUUCGUGGCAGUUAUGUGUAAGUGAAGGAACAGUCGUCAGCUGUUACAUUAUUUUUGCGUUUUACUUGUGAUUGGGCCUUACCUGCCAUUAUCUGACCACGCGUUUUACUGCUAAUUCAUAGGUGCUUGUCCUAUCUAUAUUGUACAGUUGUUAUUAUUUGCAGCACCGUCGUUGCAUUUCUUGUUUCUGAGUUUAGAUAAAGAAGUCACGCACAAGAAAUAUCCGCCAAAACUUUCUUAAUAUCUGAAAGAGGGAAACUAUAUAAAGUCGUUUUAUCAAACAUUUGGAAUUGUUAGGAAUAACAUGUAUCUUGUACGCAUGUUCAAAUUCCGUUUAUUCAAUUAAGCUUUUGGUUUUUUUGAUAGUGCACGUAUUGUACAACUACAGUGGUUGUUUAAGUAACAAAUGCAUGGACCAUGUGGAUGCUUGGGUUCUAAGCUUGUCAAGUAAUAUGCUCUGCAUCAUUGCCAUCAUUGGACACUUGAUACAAUUUGCUUUUGGUCGUAGUAUAGUUGAGUGGGGGAAAAUGGGACACGUAUCCAUGCUCUUUUAUCAUCCCAUUUUGAAGAAAACAAAAUACUAAAUAGAAUUAUCACACUGUAUUCUUCCGGCUUUUGUAAACCGUUGUUAAUUGUACUAAAGGUGUCCCAUCUUACCCCACUAUACAUCAUGUUAAUUUAUUUCUUAGUGUGACGAAAGCAGUACUACCAAUUCUUUAGUGUGAUGUCACAACAACUGGUGUCGUAUUUUAAAGUUACGAAACUUGAUUUUAUCGAAUUUAAAAUGUUUGUGUUGAAAAUCCUUACAGACCGGUCGAAAAUGAUUUCACUUUGCUCAAAAGCUUUUACCGUAAAGUGAGUCAAAUGUUUUUUUUUUAAGUUUGAAAAAUUGAUGGAAAGUAUGAAAAAAAUAAUUCUGUUUUAAAGUACCAAAAAUUGAUGGUUAAAGUA